GAUUUGCCGCCGCCGCCGCCGCCCACCCCAGCACCGCCUCUCGCAGUUCCGGUGGCGGCCCUUGUUUGUGCCGCAGGCUUCGGAGAGCAACGCGCUCGCUCUGCGCUUGGCGCCUGCUCGCAGCUUGUGGCGGAGUGCGCCCGCGUGCCGGACGGCCGAGGACCGGCAGGCAGACAGACAGACUGACAGACAGACACACGAGGCGGCUCGAUGGCCCAAGGGAAGCGGAAGUUCCAGGCGCGCAAGCCGGCCGCCUCCGCGGGCAAGAAAACGGCGGGCGCCCGGGGGCCGCGUAAGGGAGGACGCAUCAUUGCUCCCAAGAAGGCGCGUGUGAUCCAUCAGCAGAAACUGAAGAAAAACCUGGAGGUCACCAUCCGUAAGAAGAUUGAGCACGAGGUGGUGAUGAAGGCCAGUGCUAAGCUACCCAAGAAGCUGAGUGUGCUGAAGGCCCCAAAAGCAGAAGCCUCAAAAGAGCCCAACCAUUCCAGCAAGUCUUAGUUAUGACUUUGGAUGUAGGCUUUCUGGAAACCUUAUCCAUCACACUCAUUUUGUCAGGGUUGGAUGGGCCUGUAGAUUGCUAAAGGUGGUAUUUCAAUUGGGGAAGAAUAAGAGUUUUCUUUCAAACAAGAACCCAUGUUCUGUGUCUGGUACUUUUUCCCCAGGUUAGGAGAGGGGCUUUAGUUUUUAUCUCUACCUUAUGUGUUACUUAGGGAAGGCUGAAUAGUUUUCCUGCCUUAUAUAUGGAUUUGUCCUAGCAUUAAUGACUUCAGUGGCAGUCACUCUCUUAGGAACCUUAAGUUGGACUGGACAGAGUCUGCAGCAGCUAUUGGCAUAGUUGCCUUCAUUAACCUGGUUCUGCGGAAGCACCAGAUUAACAGAAUCAGACUAGAGUUCAAAAUCUCAUGGAGUAGGGGAUCUGGGCAUAAUGCAUACAUGUACAAACAUCAUGUCCCUACGCCUGAUCUUUGCAUGCUGGACUUCAUGUACGCAUAAGGGCCUAUGAACAACCCACUUUGGCCUUUCUAUGGAAUCUGAUAAAUCUGCAGGUUGGGCCCUGGAUGUAUGGAUGAUUUUAGGCAAACAUGGAACCCAGCAUGUGUACAUCAGAUAGGUGUCAAAAGGCUAGCAUGAUCCCAAUCCACCGCUUAUAUAUGAAGGCCUUGUAAAGACUUGACCCGACCUGGCCAUCACCUGCGGUGUAGAGAUGGCAGCCCAGGCCAUUAAAUCAGGAAACCAGCCUGAUUUAAUCACAUGCAUGUUUGUGAAUUCUCUAGAGCAAAGGAUCCUGUUGCUACUCUCCAGUUAUAUGGAGAGUGUUGGUUUGCUUGGAGUCCUGCACUGAGCGGGAUGUUGGACCCAAUGGCCCUCUGGCCCCUUCUAACUCUGCUACUUCUCAUCAGUAUAAAGGGCUGGCAACAACUUAGCACCUGGUAUAAUAUGCCUGUUAUAAAUCCUCAAAAACAAGAUUCAUUCAUUACCAUUGGAUCCCAGAAAGUCUGGUGGCUUGCUCAUGAAAUUGGUUAAACUUUCCAUACAUUUUAUCCUACAGCAAGGUAUCCUGUGGAAUAACCUCUGACUGAGGAAUAUAUUCAGAACAUCAAUAUCAAAAUACCUGUUUUUAAAUUAAGUUGUUCUUAUAACCACUGUAAAUGGUUUUGUUUUUUUUUUUUUGUUAAAAAGUGUCCUUAUGCUGCUUUUAAUAGAUUUAUUACCUAUAAAUAAAUUCUUAACUUGUUAAAUGUU